AUUGAAAAAUUAGUUCAAUAUUACAACACUAGUCUUUAUCGUGUUGGUCUGUUGCCAUCAAGUGCACAAUAUGCAGAUGGUAAAGAUUUUGAAAUAUCUUUUGACGUGAAUGCUGACCGAAUUGAUAAAAUCAUAUCAUUGGAUCUGAGAAAUUAUGUCAGGACCAAACUCUCAGAAGUCCGUGAAAAAUUUAAUGGCGAAUAUGAUAAAAUUCAAGAGCAAAUAACACAAAUAAACGAAGAGAUUCAUCGUCUCAGUGAUGAUAACGCAGAUAAGGAAAUUGUGUACUUUACCUUAUUACAGUCUGAACAAAGUGAAAUUGAUACGCUGACGAAGCGAUGCACAUCUUUUGAGCAAAGGAUUAGUCAGUUACGGUCUGAGGGCGCUGCAGUUUAUCUCGAAUGGAAGCAAAAGAGUCAAGAAAUCCAAAUCCAGUAUGAUCAUUAUAUCCAUGAGUAUAAUGCUGUUCAGGAAGCUGCAUAUAACGAAUUCACCCAGAUAAAAAAUGAACAACUUAGAAGGCUUCAACACAUCUCUAAUGUUUUAACUGACUUAAAAAA